AUGGGCUUUGAGGAGCUGCUGGAGCAGGUGGGCGGCUUCGGGCCCUUCCAGCUGCGGAAUCUAGCCCUGCUGGCCCUGCCCCGCAUUCUGCUGCCCCUGCACUUCCUCCUGCCCGUCUUCCUGGCUGCUGUGCCUGCCCACCGCUGCGCCCUGCCUGGCACACCUGCCAACCUCAGCUUCCAGGAUGCGUGGCUGGAGGCCUAUCUGCCCCGGGAGGCUGACGGCACGUUCAGCUCCUGCCUCCGCUUCACCCACCCCCAGGCUGUCCCCAACAUCACCCUGGGGAGAGAGGGACGCAGCCCUGGGGAUCUGCAGGGCAACCGCUCCAGCAUGCCCUGCACGCAGGGCUGGGAGUAUGACCGCUCGGAGUUCUCCUCCACCAUUGCAACCGAGUGGGACCUCGUGUGCGAGCAGAAAGAUCUGAGCAGAGCUGCAUCCACCUUCUUCUUCGUUGGCGUGCUGGUGGGGGCUGUGGCCUUUGGAUACCUGUCUGACAGGUUUGGGCGGCGGCGCCUGCUGCUGGUGGCCUAUGUGAGUGCCCUGGUGCUGGGCCUGGCCUCCGCAGCCUCCGUCAGCUAUGUCAUGUUCGCCAUCACGCGCACGCUCACUGGCUCAGCCCUGGCUGGCUUCACCAUCAUCGUGAUGCCCCUGGAGCUGGAGUGGCUGGAUGUGGAGCACCGCAUUGUGGCAGGCGUCCUUAGCAGCACCUUCUGGACGGGAGGCGUGAUGCUGCUGGCACUGGUCGGGUACCUGAUCCGGGACUGGCGAUGGCUUCUGCUGGCUGUCACCCUGCCUUUAGCCCCAGGCAUUCUCAGCCUCUGGUGGGUGCCGGAGUCUGCGCGCUGGCUUCUGACCCAGGGCCGAGUGGAGGAGGCUCAGCGGUACCUGCUCCGCUGUGCCAGGCUCAACGGCCGGCCCGUGCCUCAGGACGGUCUGAGCAGAGAGGCCCUGAGCGAAGUGGCGGCUGGGGAACGGGUGGUCCGCAGACCCUCAUACUUGGACCUGUUCCGCACGCCCAGGCUCAGGCACAUCUCCCUGUGCUGCAUGGUGGUGUGGUUUGGCGUGAACUUCUCCUAUUACGGCCAGAGUCUGGCUGUGUCGGGGCUGGGGCUGAACGUGUAUCAGACGCAGCUGCUGUUCGGGGCGGUGGAGCUGCCCUCCAAGCUCCUGGUCUACCUGUCAGUGCGCCACGCCGGACGCCGCCUCACGCAGGCCGGGACGCUGCUGGGCGCGGCCCUGGCCCUGGGCAUCAGACUGCUGGUGGCCUCCGAGAGGAGCUCCUGGAGCACCGCCCUAGCGGUGAUGGGCAAGGGUUUCUCUGAAGCCGCUUUCACUACCGCCUACCUGUUCACUUCGGAGUUGUACCCCACGGUGCUCAGACAGACAGGAAUGGGGCUGACUGCGCUGGUGGGCCGGCUGGGGGGCUCUCUGGCCCCACUGGCAGCCUUGCUGGAUGGAGUGUGGCUGUCACUGCCCAAGCUGGCGUACGGGGGCAUAGCCCUGCUGGCUGCCUGCACCGCCCUCCUGCUGCCAGAGACCAGGCGGGCACAGCUGCCGGAGACCAUCCAGGAUGUGGAGAGAAAAAGUCUUCAGGAGGAAGAGAUGGCCAUGAAGCAGGUGCAGACCUGAGUGGGACUGGGGACAGCCCCGCGCAGCAGCUCAGCAGCAGGGGCAGGAGAGCAGCGGGCAGGCCCUGUGACCAGGGCCAUGGGCAUCGAACCCUCUGCCACUGGUGCCUUCUCCCAGUGCUCAUCCAGCCUUGACCAUUUCGCCUCCAGCACAUGGCAACGUCCGAGAGCUCCUGGGUGUCCCUUGUGUGGCUGGGGGCCAGAUUCUGGAAAUAAAGGCAGCCCCUGGAUUGGCGC